GUAAGGUUGUGGGAGAGGUGGCGAUCUGACGUCAUAAAAAGCCCGCGAAGUGCGUAGUUAUUUUACGGAUUAUUUGUUAUGAAUUAACUGUGCUUUUUGUGUUUGUUUUAAAAAAAAAAUAACAAAAUGUGAUAACUUAUUUUUAUUUGCAUUUGAAAUAUUUAGUGUUGUGAAUAAACAUUGUUCGUAUAAAUUAUCAGGAUAUUUAAGAAAAAUAUAGAUGGCCCGAAGGUAGAGAAGAGGGAUGUCAUGCAAACAUGGCCAGCAGAAAGAGAAUAAAAGCAGAAGAUGGAAGUUGGUGGAGGUCCAGGUUACUCUUUGCAGCCAUCACUCUUGCAAAUGCUAAUGCCCAAGAUAUAUCGGCGUGCUGCGAUAAAGCCGUGGGGACAUGUCGGAGUGUUUGCGAGAAGAUGUCCCUCGUGGAGAUAGCGUCGGACUCUGCAAUGCGAGAAGAGAGAAUUCAAAACAUUUAUAAGUUUUGUACGCCCCCGCAUUUGAUAGAAUUUUGGACAUGCAUGAAUCAAACUAUUCAAGAAGUAGUGUCAGGAUCCAGUUGGUGGGGUCGAGCGUGUUGUGCAUUAGGACAUUCGUCCCGCUGUCGUCACGCUUGUGCGACCGCGGCCGAUGCGACAGCUUUAGCGGAACCAUGUCGUCGUUCCGAUGAGAUAGCUUUCUUUGACUGCGUGCAGCGACAGCAGGAAGCGCAGUGGUGUUGUUCCCAAACUCAAUCAUUAAGUUGUCACGAGGCCUGUCAACGUGCAGUAUGGCGAGUUGGUCAGACACGAGCCGACAGUGGCGCGAGAGAGAAGGCAAUAGAAAUGUGUGAGCAGUCACCGCCUUUACUUCACUGUAUGAGAGAUCUAACAGCAUCCACCGUGCAUACAGAUACAUCUAAGUAUUUGCCUUGCUGUCACGAAUCUCCAAGUCAAGAAUGUCGAAGCACCUGUGAGUUAGUGCUCCGUAGAACUGGAGAAUCUCAAGAGAUAGCAGAGGCAUUGUCGCAGGAGUGUGGAGCACCCGCCAUCCACGACGGCAUGUGGCAAUGUUUCCUCAGAAAGGAUGCGCCCCCCGAAACCAAAGAUGUUAUACCUCACGAUGUAGCUAAACUUCAUUGCUGUCAAAAGGGCGCCACCAUUAACUGCAGGAGAUUGUGUUUUAAUACGUUCAACAACGGUUGGCAGUUAAAUUGGCAGAAGUUUUAUACAGAGUGUCUUGGAGAUCCUCAGGAGACGGAAAUGGCAGAGUGUAUAGAAGAAGUGGAAGCACCAUGUUCACUCGGCUGUGGAGGUUUAACGUAUUGCAGUCAAUUAAACAACAGACCUACAAGUCUUUUCCGCUCCUGCUCAUCUCAGGCAGAUCUUGAUGCUCAUCUGGCGGUAGCCGAACAAAAGGGCAGUGGACACGUGACGGUAGCAGGAGUCCAGUUACCAUUAAAAAAUUCGACUCAAUGUACCGCCGAUGUGUGGAAGAGUGUAGCAUGCGCCCUACAUGUCAAACCUUGUACACCAAAGGGCCACAGCAGCCUGCUGUGCAGCGAGGACUGCAAGCGGCUGGUGUCGUCGUGCGUGGAGUGGUCGCGCGCGCCGCUGUCGGGCGCGGCGCUGUGUGCGCGCCUCACGCCGCGCAGCGACGCCGCGCCCUGCGUCUCGCUGCGGGACUUCAUGAGCCCCAGUACAGAACCACCUCUGCUCUCAGCGUUGGAAAUGAUCACAUCUCCGUGUGCUGGGUCUCCUUGCAACGCGACUCAAGUGUGUGUUGUCAACAGGAAUUGUCUUCAAGGAGGAUCAUGCUCAAGAUACACUUGUGUGGACGGCUGUACACUCGGUGAUGGAAGUACGUACGUGGUUCCCAUCGGAUCCUGGGUUAGAGUUCCCAUGCCCUGUGCUUCGCAGAAAGUCUGCAUCAAGAUUUGUCGCUGUAGCAAUCGAGGACUAUCUCACUGUCAACCUUUGCCAAGCGUAGCUUUGGAUAAUUGCCGUCUUCAUGAUAAAAUCGUUAAACAUGGUGAGAAGUACUACAUGGAGUGCAACGCGUGCGUGUGCGUGGCGGGCGAGCGCGUGUGUGCGCGGCGCGCGUGCGGGCGGGCGGCGCUGCUCACGGGGCUGCCCUGCAACUGCCCGCCGCACCACCUGCCCGUGCACUCGCCCGGCCGCCUCUACCCCAACGCCUGUCUCGCCAAGUGCGCGGGCGCGACGGACGCGGAGAUCGAGUUCGGGUCUCGCGGCGCGUGCGCGGGCGCGGCGUGCGCGCGGCGCCACGCGUGUCUGCCCGCGCGCUCCGUGUGCCUGUCGCGACUGCAGGCCGCCUGUCCGCAGCACAAGUGCGUAAACACUACAAGUUGCAACACUCAGCCCGCAGCGCCGGUGUGCGACACCGACGGACACACACACUCUAACCCCUGCCAUCUCGUUAUGAGUGGGAGAAAACUCGCCUACUGGGGACAAUGUUUAAGAGGAUGUUCAUCUAGUGUUACUGUUUGCGGUGUGAACGGCGUAACGUACUCAUCUGAAUGUGCUGCGUGGGCUGAAUAUGUUAGUGUUGAUUACAUAGGACCCUGCUAUGCUGUUGGGCCCAUCUCAGACCUCAUGGAACCCAAGUGCCAAUUUGAUAGGAUAAUUUGUCCUCCAUUAAAGAAACAGGACUGCUUAGGUUUCACUGCACCAGGCGCUUGCUGCCCUAAAUGUGGUGGAGCUCUGAGAAUACUUUAUUCGAAAAAGCAAAUAGACAGAGCACUUUACGGUACUAAUAUAUCAGCGACAGUCAUUAACUUACACAAUGUAUUAUCAGCUCUGGAUCGACACGUGAAAGUCGCCGAAUGUGCUUUAAGAGGAUAUCUCACAAUCGAAAUGGAAAUCUUUGUAACUGUUGAAACGAUUUUGAAAAAUCCAACUGAUCUACAGUUGCAUGUGUGCGUUUUGGAAGCCGAAAAGUUGGCUGAUCUCAUCAAUCGAGAAAGUGCUUUAAUAACCAGUGAUUUAGGAUUAAGUGCGUUAUCUUAUGCCCUAACUGUUCACACACACCCAACGCAAGGAGCAUCUACUAUAAGUAUAUCUAUUGUUUUAUUAAUUUUAUGUUUCAGCGUAUUCUAUCUAAGAUAAAACUUAACGAUGACUGUAUAUAAAGUUAUAUUGUAAAUAGAAAUUGUAAAUAUGGAACGUUAAACACCAAAUAUAUUAGCGUUAUCGUAGUAUUUGAGAUUAUAAAUGCUUUGGUCUGCUUUACCUCGGGCACAUUCGAUGUUGUAGUAUUGUAAUGUUGUGAGUUAAACGUGCCAUUUUGAGUAGUUUUAUAUAUUACUAGAUGCCUUUAUUUGCAAUUUUAUUGUAACAAUACAUUCUAUAGACUGAAACAAGCAUUUGUAACAAAUUUACAAAAGACAUUGUACGAAGUAAUAUAGUCUUUAUACCAAAUAUAUGAAGCAGUUAUUUUUGUUGUUUUGUUGACAUGAAUAUUUCGAUAUAAGAGAAAUGUAUUUAUGCGCUUAGAACUGAAUUAAAAUAAUAAUCGGUUCAUGA